AUGUAUAAACUGAUAAUUACAUUUUUGAUUUUAUUUCUCAGAUACGUAUUGUCAGAAUCCAUAGACAAUCUAUAUGAAGAAAAAGAAGAAGAUGAUGAUAAUGAUGGAUAUGACGAUAACAAUAGUGAUUAUGAUGGACAAAGACAAAAAUGCAAUCCUUAUCGGGAUAAAUCCUGUUUAGCUAAUGAUGAAGCUUUAGGAAGAAAGAUUUUUGAAUCAUUUGCUGAAGGAACCAAAUAUUUCACCAUAACAAGUUCUACUAGAGGAAUAAGAUUUGGUGCUGAAGGGUUAGCUCUAACAAUUCAAGAUGAAUUUGAUAAUCCUGCUUUGGUUUCAAGUUUUUAUAUUAUGUAUGGGAAAGUUGAAGCAGAAAUUAGAGGAGCAGCUGGGAAAGGGAUAAUUAGUUCAUUUUAUUUACAAAGUGAUGAUUUGGAUGAAAUUGAUGUUGUUGAAAUAUUUGGUAGUGAUCCUUAUGAAUUUCAAACCAAUUUUUUCAUCAAAGGGAAUACCACAACUUAUGAUAGAGGGAGAUAUCAUGAAAUGCAUCCUUCUCCAUUAAGUGAAUUUCAUAAAUAUGGUAUUGAAUGGUCUCCCGAUUUGAUUACAUGGUAUUUGGAUGAUAAACCUGUGCGUAUGUUGGGAAGAAGAAAUAAACAUGGAUUACCAUGUUCACCAAUGUUUCUUAAGUUUAGUCUUUGGAGUGUGGAAGAAGAUGAUGAAGGCACAAUUGCUUGGGCUGGAGGAGCAGCAAAAUUUUCGGAAGGACCGUUUACUAUGCACAUUAAAAACCUUAAAGUGCAAGAUUAUUCCAAAGCACUUUCUUAUACUUAUGGUAAUUUACAUGAUGGUAAUUGGUUGGAUUUGAGAGCUGAUGGUGGUUAUUUGUAUGAAGGGCACAAGUAUUGUCGUCCACCAAAAAUGUUGGAGAAACUGAAACCAACAUCAAAGACAGCAACAGGCGAGAAGCAAGUGUUUACCAGUAGCAAAUUACAAAAAAUUGUAACAACAGCAAUUAAUAAGGAAAGAAUCACUAGUUUGUCUUAUAUUCCCUCUGCUACCAAUUCACCUACCACUUGGGAUCAAUUACUGGAAUGGGAAACCGAGGAGGAUGAGAUGGGAAUGGGAACAGGAACAGGAACAGGAACCGAUGGAACUGAUGAAAAUGAAGAAUCCGACAAUGAUGAUAAUGAAGAGUCAAUAACAGCUACACCGAGAAAAGUGUCAACAAGAAGAUUGAAUAUUUUAACCCAAUCACCUCAGCUUUCACAGAAUGAAUCUAAAGUUGCUACAAAAAUAACCAACACAACAACUAAGAAUAUCCAUAAUACAACAAUAUCUGUAAAAAUCAGUAAAAUUGAUUCUAAAAAAAUAGAAGCAACCUCCAUAUAUUAUAGUAGUUCAACACCACAACCAACUUCUAGAGCACGGAUGCCAUAUAAUAUAUUUUUCAAUUAUCCGGGAAAAGAAAAUUCCAGAUUUAAAUCAGGUGUUUCAAGUAUAUUAUCCACUUCUUUUACUGGUGUUGUGAUUGCAGAAAUUUUAGUUAUAGUGGUUUUGUUACUAUAG